UAACGUUUUAUUAGAGUUUUUGAAUUCACCACGAAGUUUCUCGAGUAGGUGAGAAAGUCUAAUAAAAUUUCAUGGGUAAGCAAUGAUCCCUUCUUAUUUUAUUCUCCUUUAAUAGUCAUUCAAUCCAAUUUUCAUUUCGGCUCCUCAAAGGGUAUUUGCAGUGAAGCUACAUAAACCCUAAGCCCUUUGAGGAUAAUUUUGGGAAUUAAAGAUGGACGACAAAGUAACAACAGCCUAGGGUAGGAUUAGGGUUUAUAACCCUAUUACUCAAGGAUUCAUCUUUUGGGUGCAGAUUUGGAAUUUUAAUUGUUUGUUAAUUUGGAGGUUUUAGGUUUUCCUGGUAGAAGUUUGUAAAUUUUAGUAAUUCUUAAUGGCUUUGUAGGGUUUAGAAGUUGUAGAUAGAAGGAGUAAUUUGAUAUACGGUAUGCAGGGUUUUAGAUCUACAAGAUAAAAAUGUCAAUUGCUUGUGUAGCACUUAGUCCGGUUCUUGAAGAAUCCUUGAGCUUUUCGGGGAAUGUUACCCAUCGACAUGGUCUGCCUGUGGAUGACCUGAUCUUGAUUUUUCUGAGUGUUGGGGGAUCUGUGAUUCCCAUGAGUGUUAUGGAGUCAGAUUCAAUUGCUUCUGUGAAGUUGAGGAUUCAGAGUUUCAAGGGGCCUUUUGUGAAGAAGCAGAAACUGGUGUACAGAGGGAGGGAACUGGCUAGGACCAAUUCUUUUGUUAAGGACUAUGGGCUUGCCGAUGGAAAUGUUUUGCAUUUGGUGCUUAAACUUUCAGAUCUGCAAGCCAUCACUGUGACGACUGUAUGUGGUAAGGUGUUUGAAUUUCAUGUUGAUAGGAGUAGAAAUGUAGGUUAUGUGAAGCAGCAAAUUGCUAAAAAGGGAAAAGGGCUUGUUGAUCUCAAGGAUCAAGAACUGAUAUGUAAUGGUGAGGAGCUUGAAGAUAAGAGACUCAUAACUGAUUUAUGUAAAAAUAAUGAUUCUAUUGUUCACUUGCUGAUUAGGAAGUCUGCUAAAGUAAGGGCUAAACCUGUUGAGAAACAUUUUGAAGUGUCUAUUGAUGCUAAUAAUUUGAAUGAGAAGGUAGCUGAUGUUGCUGGAGAAAACCAGUUGGAAACCAUACUCACGGGAUGUAAGGUCACAGAUAGGAAAUUAUUACAAAGAGAUUUCCUUUUGGAACCUUUUGUUGUUGAUUCCAAUAUUGAUUUACCAUUAGAAAUUAAAAAGCUAAUUGAAUAUACUUUUGAUGGGUUAGACAAAGGUUAUGAACCUGUUCGCACCUCUGAGGGAUCAGGAGGAGCUUAUUAUAUGCAAGAUUCAUCAGGUCAGAAGUAUAUUUCUGUUUUUAAACCAAUUGAUGAAGAGCCAAUGGCUGUGAAUAAUCCUCGAGGCUUACCUUUGUCAGAAGAUGGUGAAGGAUUGAAGAAAGGCACGAGAGUUGGAGAAGGAGCAUUAAGGGAAGUUGCAGCAUACAUUUUGGAUUAUCCAAAGGGUGCAUUGCAACCUUAUAAUGAUAAGGGGAGAGGCUUCGCUGGGGUUCCUCCCACAGUUAUGGUUAAGUGCUUGCACAAAGGAUUCAAUCAUCCAGAGGGUUAUGAAAAUGCUGCCAAGAAUGUGAAGAUUGGAUCACUGCAAAUGUUCAUGAAGAAUAUAGGAAGUUGUGAGGAUAUGGGACCUACUGCUUUUCCAGUGGAUGAGAUACAUAAGAUCACUGUGCUGGACAUCAGGUUGGCAAAUGCAGAUAGGCAUGCUGGGAAUAUAUUGGUUAGCAAAGAUGAAGAAGAUCAGAUCAGGCUUAUUCCAAUUGAUCAUGGCUAUUGCUUGCCUGAGAAUUUUGAAGAUUGUACGUUUGACUGGCUCUACUGGCCACAAGCUCAACAACCUUAUUCCCCUGACAUCAUUGACUACAUUAACUCACUAGACGCUGAACGGGAUAUUGAACUUCUGAAGUUUCACGGCUGGGACAUGCCACCAGAGUGUGCUCGGAUCUUUCGUAUCUCCACCAUGCUUUUGAAGAAAGGUGCAAAGAGAGGACUUUCACCUUUUGCCAUUGGAAGCAUCAUGUGCAGGAAAACGCUGAAGGAUGAGUCUGUGAUUGAGCAGAUUGUUCAGGAAGCACAGGAAGCUGUGCUUCCAGGAACAAGCGAGAAUGCAUUUCUUGAAGCUGUUGAAGUCAUUAUGGAUUGUCAUCUUGAUGAGCUGACCCGGUAAGGCAAUGGUAUGACUGCCUAGGUAUAUAGUGUUUCACUGUCCAUUCGUCCUUUUAUUGUCGUCUGCAGUGUUUGGGUAAUUGUUGGUUGUUGGUUGAACUUGUUUUCUUGGCUUGCCUCAUCUUUAAAUACGAUAGAACCUUGUGCA